GAGAUGAAGGGAUGAAAUGGGACCGACCAGAACAGCUGAUUCGUUUUGUCGCGUUGAGACCACAUGUUUGAGCCGCAAACCGUCUUACAAUUUCGUUCAGCAGUUCUCUUUAUUCGUAAAGUGAUAAUCGAGAAGGUCCGAGUGCAUUGAGGAUUAACUAGUAGCUUCUUUUUUUUACUCGAAGUAGUGUUUACGGGAGCAGUGGUAAUUACGGGAUAUGAUAUAUCAUCGUCAAGAUAAACCAUACUUUUCGUCAACUUUUUGAGACAGAUAUCUAUAAUAAAAUGGCUGACCGAGAUAGCGCAUCCGAAAGCGAUUCAAGUUCGAUCGACGGUGGACCAAUUAUGAUGCCACCGUCACCGGUAACUCGAGAACAAUUACAAAAGAGGAUUGAAUCGUUGCAACAACAUAACCGCGUCCUCAAGGUCGAGCUCGAAACUUACAAGCUUCGCGUUAAAGCGUUGCAGGAAGAAAAUCGAAGUCUACGUCAGGCUUCUGUAAACAUCCAAGCCAAAGCGGAACAAGAGGAGGAGUUCAUCAGUAACACUCUGCUGAAAAAAAUUCAAGCUUUGAAGAAAGAGAAAGAGACUCUGGCGCAUCAUUACGAGCAGGAAGAGGAGUGCUUGACUAACGACCUGUCUCGGAAACUGAAUCAAUUGCGCCAAGAGAAAUGUCGUUUGGAACAAACUUUGGAGCAAGAACAAGAAUGCCUGGUGAACAAAUUGAUGAGGAAAAUUGAAAAAUUGGAAGCUGAAACGUUGGCGAAGCAGAGCAAUUUGGAACAACUGCGCAAAGAAAAGGUCGAGCUGGAGAAUACUCUUGAACAGGAACAAGAAGCGCUUGUUAACAAAUUAUGGAAGAGAAUGGACAAGCUGGAGGCUGAGAAAAGAACGCUUCAGAUAAAACUCGAUCAGCCGCUUUCCGAUCCUACAUCCUUGAGGAACAUCAACAACGGUGACACCGCUACCAAUCUGAGCACACACAUACAGACUCUGAGAAGCGAAGUUGCCAGAUUGAGGCACACUCUACUAAUGUCGCAGCAAGAACAUACGGAGAAAAUGCAGAGAUACGUCAAUGAGGAGAGGAAUAUUCGUGAAGAAAAUCUCAGACUCCAGAGAAAAUUGCAGCUUGAAGUCGAACGUCGCGAAGCCCUGUGCAGACAUUUGUCUGAGUCGGAAUCCAGCCUCGAGAUGGAGGAGGAACGUCACUACAACGAAAUUGUCAUGUCCGGUAGCAGUAUCAGAAACCGCACCGUUUCCAGCCCAGUUCCGUACAAUCCCUCGCCGAGUUCCUCCCGCCCUUUGAGUCCAGGUAUGAAUGUAGUGGGCUCAGGGUCUCGGGAAAGUUUCACUUCGAACCGUUGUUACGCUUGCGGCCAGGCUGUCAUACUUCCAUUCUCUGGCUCUCCUCCGCCGACAUCGGGUCAUAUCGUGCCUCCCUCUGGACGACGAACAUCUGAUCGAUUCGUCAAACCUGCGAUUCCUCCGACCAUCGUGAGUCCGAUUGUGCCACCGAUAUCGACACCUUCGAUACCCCCGGCGAUGCCCACCGUCGGUGCUGGUGGGGGUGGUGCUUCGCCCAUGGACAUUGCCAAAACGUAAACGACAACGAAUCAGUCAAUUUACCAGUCGCUCUCGUUGUCGUCGACUGACCAUCAUCCGAUAUCGAUUCGACGCUAAACGACCCUAUCAUUUCCUCAUUAUUCCGAAUAUAUAAUAUUGGGCUGAAGAUGAAAGGUCUCUCAUACAUUUACAAUAAUCAACUCGGUAUAAAUCAGUAUUCAUUCAAAAUUAACUCACUGGUGUUAAAUAUUACGAAUGUUGCUUUUCCUCGGACUAUUUGAGAGGUCGAGUUUACCAUUCGAGCUUUUUGUUCCUUAUUUUUUUUCGCCUCCAACGUUUUUCAUUUUUAUCUAUUCUCGUAUACUUUUCGUCGUGUUUUUUUUCGAGUUUUCUUUUUUGCUUUACGUUUCGAUUUUUCUCUUAUAUUUCGCAUGAUUGCAACGGCGUGAUUACCGAGGAAUGAUGGAAACGUUUGUGAUAACGGGAUUUUCAAGGAUUUCGAUAUUGAUGUAGUCCUUGGAAAAUGUCCAGAAGCAGCACGAAAAUAUUUAGAAAUUUUUCAUUAUUCUUUCGGUAUAACGCCUUUACGCUUUAACUCUUAUGCGCCCGUAUACGCGUUGAUACUGUUAUCGGUAAACUGCACGAGCUCUGCAUGAGCAAGAGGGGAUGGUCCUCCGGUGGUCCGUGGAUACUUGAGAUUCUGGAGAGAGAGAGAGAGAGAGAGAGAAAGGGCAAGCUAUCAGGGAAAAGAAAAGCAAGAUACUUUCUGACCCUUAAUGAGCGAAAAAUGAAAAAAUAGAAACGUAAAAGGUAUUGGCCACGGAGAAAGAAGUAUUUUGACCGGGUCUCAAUUUCUUUUGUAUUUCUUCUCUAAAUAUGAAUCGACAGGGACAAAUAAAUUAAUCCUCAACUUUUCUGACUCGUAGCUAGCUGUUGCCGGCUUUGAUAUAAAAAACUAAUCUUCUCGUAACUGCAGGAUGGUUAACGAGAUUACCCCGAUCGUAUAAUCUCGGAAAAAUAAACUUCACCAUUAGAGCUUGACUGAAUUAACGUUUUGGGACAAAAUACUCUGAAUUUUUUCCUUUUUUUCUUUUCGUUACUUCAAUUUCUCGCAGCGUUUUCUCUCUGUCAGAAUCCCAAUAAUGUUGUCUCGAUGUUGCGCAACAAAACAUGAAAAACAAACAAUAAAAAAAAAUAUCUAUUGGACACUAUUGCUUCAAACAUAUCCGUACAGUUUUUGCGCUCGGCUAAAGAGUUUUAAAAACAACAUGAAUAAAUGAUCCAACGAUUGUAUCGUUUGAAAUCGCUAUUACCAUUAUUGUUACUAUUACUGUCACCAACUAUCGCCACCAUACUGCUGCUGCUGCUACUACUAUUACUACUACUACUACUACUACUACUACUACUACUACUACUAUUACUAAUCCUAUUACUACUAUUUACUAUUACUACUACUAAUACUACUCCCACUACUACUAUUACUAUUUAUAGAUUAAUAAAAUUGUCAUUUUUAUGAGGUGAGCGGAGAAUAAAAAGCAGCAUUAUGACGGUUUGCAAGCUGUCCGACACUUUGAUCGUUGGUAUCUUUAAGCUGCAUUGAUUGACGCAUUAUACGGUAAUAAGAAAUGAAAGAGGUAGCAAUGCCGGAGUAUGUAUGCGUAAAGCUAAUAACCCUGUUACCCGGCCUGUUCAAUGAAUAGCACAAAACAAUAGGCAAUAAAAGAAGAGAAAGUA